GCCUCGCCUACGAUUGUCACAUGAGAGUGAACAAAUGCUUCCUGUUGUUUACGAACCUGAGGUGGUUCCCCGAUUCUCUCGUGUAACGGGAGAUGCAAUAUGAGUAAAGCCGAGUGUGAGUUACAGCUGAUGCAGCUUGAUUUCAGUGUGUCGCUAUAAAACGCGGAAACUGGUACCCAUCAUGUUAUAUUUAUAUCUAUUGAUGUGAAAAGUGCAUAUUACAUUGUAAUGGUGUCAAAUAGGCAAAUAUAAAAGGCUAAUCUGAGAAAUACUUACUUGAUCGAGGUAUCCUUUUUUCAUAAUCGUAUGACGUUUUAACACGUUGUGCACGUGCUGUCUCAAUUGACAACCAGACGCUGAAAAACGGGAAGUGGCAGUUUGCCUUCCACCGCGAGGCGAAAUAAUUUUGGGGUUUUUUUUCAAAACCGCUUACCUUGUGUGAAGCCUCCGUAAUAUUUAGAGUAAAAACUCCCACCAAACGCAGUCACAUGUGCUAAUUUAAUUGUGGAAAGCACUUGUAAGCCCAACUGUUGCGUGAAGCCCGUGGCCAUAUAUUCAACACGUCUCGCGGAGACAUGACUCGCAAGAUCAGCACGGAGCUGUCCACGCGGGUGUGGCAGAAUAACCUCAGACCCUGGACGCUGUGCGUGAGGUGCUGCGGCGAGCCAGCAUGCGAUUCACCUGAGUGCAGCAGCGCCCGCAGCAGGUGACAGGAUGCCGGUGCAGGCAGCCCAGUGGACGGAGUUCCUAUCCUGCCCCAUCUGCUACAAUGAAUUUGACGGGAGCGGCCACAAGCCCAUCAGCCUGGGCUGCUCCCACACCGUGUGCAAGACCUGCCUCCACAAGCUGCACCGCAAGGCCUGCCCCUUCGACCAGACCGCCAUCAGCACCGACAUCGACCUGCUGCCCGUCAACUGCGCCCUGCUGCAGCUGGUGGGGGCUCAGGUGACAGACCAGACGGUGACCCUGAGCAGUUUGGUGGAAAGUAAACACUAUGAGGCGUCCCGGCAGUGCGUGGAGGAGCUGGCGCUCUACCUGAAGCCCAUCAGUGGAGGAAAAGGUGUCACGACCCUCAGCCAGAGCGUGCUCAGCAGGCCCAUGCAGCGGAAGCUGGUGACGCUGGUCAACUGCCAGCUGGUGGAGGAGGAGGGGCGGGUGCGCGCCAUGCGGGCGGGGCGCUCGCUGGGCGAGCGCACGGUCACCGAGCUCAUCCUGCAGCACCAGAACCCCCAGCAGCUCUCGGCCAACCUGUGGGCCGCCGUGCGCGCCCGCGGCUGCCAGUUCCUGGGCCCCGCCAUGCAGGAAGAUGCCCUUAAGCUGGUGCUGCUGGCUCUGGAGGAUGGCUCAGCACUGUCCAGAAAGGUGCUGGUCCUUUUUGUGGUGCAGAAGCUGGAGGCGCGGUUCCCCCAGGCGUCCAAGACCAGCAUUGGCCAUGUGGUGCAGCUGCUGUACCGGGCCUCCUGCUUCAAGGUGACGAAGCGAGACGAGGACUCGUCGCUGAUGCAGCUGAAGGAGGAGUUCCGCACGUACGAGGCGCUGCGGCGCGAGCACGACGCCCAGAUCGUCCACAUCGCCAUGGAGGCGGGCCUGCGCAUCUCACCCGAGCAGUGGUCCUCGCUGCUGUACGGCGACCUCGUCCACAAGUCACACAUGCAGUCCAUCAUUGACAAGCUCCAGUCCCCAGAAUCUUUUGCAAAGAGUGUCCAGGAGCUGACAAUCGUGCUGCAGAGGACAGGAGACCCGGCCAACUUGAACAGUCUAAGACCUCACCUGGAGCUGCUGGCCAAUAUUGAUCACAAUCCAGAUGCCGCCUCCCCCUCUUGGGAGCAGCUGGAGCAGGUGAUGCUGGCGGUGAAGCUGGUGGUCCACAGCCUGGUGGACUUCAUCCAGAACUUCAGCAAGAAGAGCCACGAGGCUCCACAGCCACAGCCCAACAGCAAGUACAAGACCAGCAUGUGUAGAGACCUGCGACAGCAAGGAGGCUGUCCCCGUGGGGCCAACUGCACCUUCGCCCAUUCCCAGGAUGAGCUGGAGAAGUUCAGGAUGAGAAAUAAGAAGAUCAGCGGAGCCGUGAGACCCUUCCCUCUGCCCCAGGCAGUUUUGGGGAAAACUGUGACCAGCCCUGGGAACGUCCCAGCGGGUGGGGUCUCCCUGGGAGGUCCUGAGGGGACAGAGAAGGGGGCGUCUCCGACAGAGAGCAUGGGGCUCAUCCCUCGAGGCGGAGAGACCCUGGAUAAGAUGAAGAGGGCGGUUCGAAACGGAUCCAACGGAGUGAUUCCUCCGGGCCUUCCUGCCUCGGGUCCCAGCGAGCUGAAGCCCAUCUCUCCCCCAAAGACACCCGUCAGUCACAUCUGUGCUACCUCACCUCAUGCCCCUGGAGCCGGAGCGGACAGCGGCUCCGCACACCCCAAACAUGGGCAUUUCAUCGCCAGGGGGGCCCCGUUCCCUCCCCAGCAAUCUGAUGUUUACUUCCAGGAUCCACAGGCACCUUAUGACACCCCGCCCUACCACCCAGCCAGUAAUUACUAUGCCUCCCCAGUGCCCCCGCUGAAACAGUGCACUGCCCGCUUUUUCCGCAACGUGCCCGAAUCCUCACUCCCCCCCGCGAUGGCGCCGUACUCCGAGCAGCACCCCCCUUUCCCCCCGCGGGAGCGCCUGGGCCCUGCCCCCUACCCCCCACCCCCGCAGUACGGCCACCUGACCCACGCCCACGGCGUCUACGCCCCCGUCUACGACAGCCGGCGCCUGUGGCGUCCGCAGCUGUACCACCGCGAGGACGCGCGGAGCAACUCGCUCCCCCCCGAGGUUCUGCACUCCUCCGUGUACCAGACCCCCCUGAGAGAGCGCUACAACUCGCUGGACGCGUCCUUCUGCUCGGACGGGGAGCAGAGAGCAGCGCUGCAGAGGGACAUGUACAGUCAUGUGCCCGUUGGGUAUGAGGACCUCUUCAGACGAAAACCAGAGCAGUGGGCCCAGCACCAACUGGGCAACAGGCCCUCGCCCUCCUCCCCUCUCUUCACUGUUGAUUUCAGCUCUGAGCUCUCGGAGAGUGGAGGCGGGGACUGUGUGGGCUGUAAGUACCGGGGGGAGGAGAAUCUGACCCACUACUCCCCCUGGUCCUGCGGCACCAUCAGCACCUGCAUCAGCAGCGUCGAGUCUGACCCCCCCGUCAUGGCAACCUCCACUUCAGAGCUGACCGAUCUGGAGGCUAGGGGGCUGAAACACCGGCUGCACAGCUUCGAGCCCCAUCGGCGGCUGAAGGACGAGGACCCCAUCAUCCCCUUCGGAGAGGGUCCCAUCAUCUCCAAGUGGGGCGCCAUCUCACGCGCGUCCCGCACGGGCUACCACACCACCGACCCGGUCCAGGCCACCGCCUCCCAGGGGAGAGCCACCACCACUCCCAUCAACUUUAGAGGUGUGGGAGCGGGGCACACACACCCAAAACCAGACUAUGGUCCGUACCACCAGAGUGACUACAGAUGGAGCUCACAUGGGUGUGAAGCCUCCAGCCAUUCCUGCUUCCUUCAGAGUGACCAGCUCGGCGUGUCGGAGCUGAGCGCCUGUUGCAAGUCUUCCAGCAGCAGAGAGAAGCAGAAUGCAGACCUGCUGCAGGCUGAUUACUGUGAGGACACAGCAGACAGGGAGCCUGAUAGAGACAUAGAGCUGGAACUGUCUGCUCUGGACAUGGAGGAUUCCAGCUCGCAGGAUGACAAGGCUGAGGAGUCUCAUGACCUGCGGAUGCAUUCCCAUGGCAAUCAUCACAGCAACGGCACGGUAACUGGGAAUGGCCACCAGCGAACCCAGCCGGACACGCUGUCUCCCGAUAAGACGGGUGCCCACCUGCUGAAGAAGAUGGCCUUCAGGAAGUCCGGCUCCCCCACCGGGCUGGGCGCCAGCAAGCUGGUCAUGAAGACGGGGCCUUCCCGGGUGGGGGAGGCGUCCCACCCCAGUGCGGGGCCGGAAAUGCUGCUCAACAGCUGAGGGUGUGAAAGGCCCGCCCCCCCGCCCCCCCCCGCCCAACGUCUUCACCGCACUCUUCAGACCGCCGCUAGUGCCGCCUCCUCCAAAACAAGGGCAGUCUAGGGGGUUCCCUGUUUGAUUCAGGCCUUUUGGUUCUACAAAAAAGCCAAGUUGUUCAUAUGUACGCGUUCACUUUCCAGCGCCCCGGGGAAUCUGGAUGUCAGUGUGGAAUGUCAGCGGUGCUGUAAAGGCUUUGCUGGUCGUGGGUGCCGGCGCGGCGCGCGGGAUUGCUUAAGCUUAAACUAGCAGGGCCCUGCAAUAGUGUAUCCUGUGAUUCACACUUUACUUUCUCUCUGAUUACUGUCAACUUUUUUUUUUAAGAAGACUAAUUCUCUGUCUCUGCUGCCUGUGGUAGUGAAACAGCACAUUUCAUGCAUGUCUCCCUUCAUGUAACCAGGGCGAAAUUUGUAACAGGGGCAACAUGAGACCCCAUGAACCCCAGGUAGAAGCUUCAGGGCGGCCAUCUUGUAUUCACUGUGCAACUCAUCACAGAAAUACACAUCUGACAAUACCAGCCUAGUAUCUCACAUUUCCACUCCAAAACACUGUCAUUUAUUAUUGUUUUUGUGAUCAUUGGCAUAGUCUGAUUAGUGUGUAAUGCACUAGUUGAGGGAAAGUUAAAUGCACAUGAUAAACAACCAAGCAAAUUCUAUUAGAGUAUGAUACUGCUUAAAAUUGCACAUUACCUUAAUACUUUCAAACUGCUUAAUGAUGAUAGCCUUCUUGUCGACACACUGAUGUGCAAAGCCCAGAAAAUUAUCAAGGUGCUCAGCACUGGCAGCCAAAGGGAGAAUAAUCCUCUCCAGCUGUAGUUACUGUGCUUGAUUACUGUGUAUUACCUUAUUAAAUAUAGGAAUGAUAUUUGCACGAUAAAUGUUUUUAUUAUUAAAUUAUACAACUGUUGAUGUUCACUCAGAAAUAUUGUACUAACUGAUUUACAUGAAUUAGUGUCCAUACAGUAGGCCUCUCCGAGUGUAUGCUGUACUGCGUAGGGACAGAAUUAUUGUCUAUUUGCAGAGUAGGCAAAAGAGAAGCAUUUUAGGUUCAUUAAACAUCAGCGAUGGCAAAAAGUUUCUUUAUAAUUUUUAAUAUCCGUUGUAUAUCACGCUUCAUUUUGCUGCUCAAAGACCCAGGUAAUGCCCUCCUCAGAUGAACACAGCCUGCUUUAAGGAAGGUUCCAUCCCCAGGCGAUAUAGCUCUGGUAUGCAGUGACUUUAAAUUCUCCUGGUCAUAUACACAUCACUGAUAAGAUGUGCUCGAGACGUUUGUUGUAUUUAGUACAGAUGACGUGAGUGCAACACCGACGUAAGUUUUGUGCUGAGUGCCACAGGAUUUUAGAGAGGUACUGGAGGGGUGGUUUAUAGACCACAGAGUGCGACAUGCUACACUCACUGUUACAUCCCACAUAUCCUGCUGUGUGUCCUUUAAUACUUACCGAAUCACUGCUUAGAUUUAUAAGCAUGGGUGAUAUACUGUAGGUUUACCUUGAAAUCACCAACAAAGCAAAGCAUGCAUUACAGAUGUGUAAGGUAAAGAAUUUAACUCACGUUUCAUUUCGAUAAAUGUUUUCAAAAUUAUAUUCCUUACUGGAAGAUGUUUAAUGUCUGCAUUGAGUUGGAAACAUAUUGCUAUGAUGUGUGCUAUAUGUUUGACAUUUUCCACGUGUGGGAAACUGACAGCGUUUACAGGCAUUGUGAUAGUUUUGUUGGCUGUCUUCAUUUUUAACCACAGGGGGAAUUACCAGAAGCCAAUACAGUAUCAAAUAUGUCUUUGUUAUCUUGUGCUCUGCUAGACUGUUUCUUUUCAUAUUUGUUCUGACUUUCCAGAUUUUACAUUUUUUACAACAUGCUAACUUCUGUGAAGUUGUUUGUCAAACUAUUUUGUAUCAGGAUCUUUUUGUUUUCCUAAUUGUUUUUGAAAAUGUAACCAACCCAUCUGUCACUGCUUUGUGUGCACGGGUUUUCCUGCUAGUUGACUGACGUGGUCCAUCAAAUGGAAACCAUUGCGAUGAUCAGACCAAUCACACAUUGACCGGAGGGGUCAGUGUUAUUUUACUGCAGUUUUGUGCAUAUGUUUUGGUGGUGGUCUUCUCCUGAGGGGUUUAAAGGAGAACUCUGGGGGGAAUUACAUUUUGCAUUUUUGUGAUAUGUAUUUUCUUUUAAAAUUCUUUUAAAAUUCUUCAUGUACAAUUGAGCAUUGAAAACUGUGGCUUGUAAUCCUAGGAUUCAAACAGGAGGUGAUUCGUCCUUUCUACUGCCCAGUUUUUUUUAAAUUACAGCGAAUUAAUAAAUUUUUGUUAUUAAAAAAACUGCUUUUUCUGUGAGUAGCUCUCUGAUCACUGAAAGGUAACCAAAAUGCUGUAUACAACCUUCUUGAGUGCGUGUUUGGUUUCUACAUUGGUGCCGAUUUAAUUUUGAGAACAGAUGAAAGCAAUCAAAAAAUGUGAACUGAAUUUGGCACUCAAAUUCUUCCAUUGGGAAUAACUUACUGAAGGAGCAGGCUCUGCUUUUCACUCAGUUUCUAAAAUAUCAUGCAUCAUCCUGACUACCUAGGAAUAAAUUCGCAAGAAGCGUUUAUGUAUGAUUGAUGUGUUAAAAUGGUUACAGCUAUUGAUGGAAAAAGCAUGUUUUUCAAAAGUUUUUUGUUCUUUUCUGUGCGUUGUUUAAACAUAGGUGAUCAGGUGUCCUUGGCUUACAGGACACCAUUCAAAAUUCUUAAUUGUACUUGAAUCACAUCGUAAAACAUUACAUUUUAAUUUGUGACCCGAGUUCUCCUUUAGGAGAUUUGGAAAAGGUAUGCUGUGUGUUGACAGCACUAAGGAGAGCUUAAUAUAUUUUAUAGGUGUUGUCUAAAAAGAGGUGAUAGGGCAAGUUAGCACCAACUUGACCAAUCCUUUCCAAGUUCCAGUCAAUGUUUACUGAUUGCCAGUUUUGCAGUAACUGUCUUGCUUUACUGAGCUAUCUGUUGUCACCUUAUGCUUUUUAGUUGGUUAAAGCUAUUAUGGCUGUGGCUGUACCUGCAUUUCUCUAUAAAUUCAUGUACACUGUUUUCAGUCUGUUACACCAUGAGAGAAAAAGGGACAAAAUUGAAAAUGUAUAUUUUUCAUUCACUUCCUACUUUAUAGCACAGUUGCUGGCUUUACCUCUUCAUUCAUUCAAAAACAAAAAACUACAUUUUUUUAACCAGACCAAUUAAGGUGCUUUGCUAUGUACUUGUAUCAAUGUGUAAGCAAGACUAUUCUGUGUUUCUUUAUCUGGAGAGCACAUAUUUUAUAUGAAUGAUUUAUUACGUAUUCUGUGAGUGAGAUGCAUCUUGAAAUUAUUUGAAAUCUGAUGAUUACAUUUUUGUAGUCUCUGAGCAUCUAAAAUGAGGCGCAGUUCAAGCUAAAGCUAAGUUGUCUCAUCCUCUUGGGUCUUGUGAGGUCAUUUGAACCUUAUGUUACAGGCCAAUAAAAGGCUUUAGGCUUUGCAAGUUAUAGGGAAAGACACGUAAACUUGGAGAUUGGUCAAGUUGGUCAAGGACUGGAACUUUGCCUCCUGUUGUUAAUGUAAAUUACAGCAGGGGGCGCCAGAAUCCAGUCUCUGCCAUCCUCAGGGAAGAGCCUCCCUUGUGUUGCUAAGCUACUGAUUGCAUCCUCAGCGCUGACCGAGGGUGAAUGCAAAUAUUACAUGAAUUAAUCUUGUGUAUGUACCUUUUUACUUUAUUAAUAUGUGCAUGGAGAGGAGAUCUUUUUUUGUUUUAUUGUGUUUUUUUUCUUUUUAAUGCUGUUGUUACACUGAAGGAAGUUAAGAGUACAAUGACCCACCUACAUGGCGCUUUGUGUAUAGACAAACAGAUUGUUUGUGCAGUACCUGCAAGGCACUGAUCCCGGUUUGCCCUAAGUCUAGCUCUCUCUUGAGUUUAGAUUGACCCCAAGCUCUAAUCAGCUUCUCCUGCUUAACCUGCAGGGAGAGAGUGAGACUGAUGUCUGAGCAGGGGACUCCAUUUCCUGCAGCGAGAGUCAGUACUGGACUGUUUCAAAUUAUAGCAUUGCACAGGUCCCCCACCCAGCCACAGAUGGAGCCAGGCUGUGUCCCAGCCGAUCCAAACCUGCCCCCUGUCAGCCCCAGCCAGGUCAUGCAUGCAGGCCCUUAGUUGGGCAAAGGAGUACAUGAUUCUGUAGUUGUGAUACAACACACCCGGCGUUAUAAGUGUUCUGCACAUGCCCACUGUGUGGCCACGCCCAGUAUCGUGGUUAGCUUGCAGCAUUUUCUGUCUGCUUUUAUAAUGUUUUAUUGCAUAUUAUAUUUAGUAGUAGUACUUUUCUUGAAAAUAAAGUCUUCUUUUUGUAUUGGUUGAAUUUUAAAAAUUUGCUUAGCCGUAAUUGUUUGGGAGGGAGAGUUGAAAGGGUGAGAAGCCUGUUUGUCAAUUGCACAACCGAUAACAGAGCUGAUAAAUAUUUUUACGUCUGUAUUAGACAUUUUAUUUGCAAAUCUAUUGUUCGAUUGAAUUGUAAAUGAAAUAAAAGAUGGUACACAUCCGUCAUUGUAUACAGCUGGCACCAUCGUUAGAUGGACUUACUGCUCAUUUUUAUUACAUAUAAUCAGCUAUAUUUAAAUAUAUAGAUAUAUAUAGAAACAAAUACAAUUUGAAUUGAAGAAAAACUUUUAAUGAAUGGUGGAAAUAUCAAUGGGAAUACUUUAUAUUCCGUUUGUUUCUUUUGAACAACCACUUGUGAAAGGUUUCACUUUUGCAUUUUUGAUUGCAAGGCAAGUCUGGUUUGUGCAUUAAAUGUGGCAAAUAGCAGAGUGGAUCCUUUUUGUUCAUUGUUUGCUCUUGCACUGAUAGGUUGCUCUUGCCUUGGUCUGUUCUGCAUGGAGCAGCAAGGUAAUACAGAUAGAAGAAAGUGAUUGCAGUACCUGAUAUGUAUUUGCAUGCUCAAAAUAAAAAUACAAAAAAAUGCUCACUGAA